AUGGACCACAUCGCCCCGCCAACCAAUCCGCACAGACCUCAUCUCGUGACAAAGGUUCCCUAUAUAUCUCCAGGAAAUCUGGCGUUUGAUCGUGGCUCGUUUUCAAAAUUCCCGGUACGGGCGGGGUGGGAAAUUGCGCAGAGCUCAGGCGGUGAAAACCCCAGUGGACCGGACCAUUCAUCAUCACCUGGGCUCUCGACAAAGUGUGAGGAAGAGAUCGCGACGAUUUUGCAAGAAUGGUGCUUCUUAGGGUUCAUGUGGGAAGUCUUUGCGACGAGCGGGAUCCAUAUCGACUUUGAAGACUUCAAGGAGGACAUUGUACCGAGCUGUACAACUAAGGCUGUUGAUAGCGGUAGAUUAUCCUGUUGGCCCUCGCAAUCCCUCACCACGAAGAAAUUGCCGCAAUAUAUACGUCGAUGGGAAGAAGUUUCGCGGAUCCGUGACUUUCAAGAUAUCGAGAAACGUCGAGCGGUAGGGGACCACUUGUCAACUAUUUUCGCCGCAGUGUUUCAAUUCUUGAAUGAUAUCGAGGAUCUGAUUACCAAAAGUCGAGGGAUAGGAAACAGCUCGACGAACAAUUCGACAGUGGACUGCACAAGGCUGGGCCUUAUGCACGCGUGCUGCGUUCUCUGCGUUACCACGCUCUUCGCAGUGUUCUCCCGCUCGCUGUACUCGGGCUGGGUCACGUCUCUGCCACGUCGACCACGCAGCGUUUUGAAUCCUGAACGCAUGCUUCGAGCAGGAUGGUGUAUCAGCGAAGUAUCCAGACUCUUGAAUGAAGGGACCGAUGAGGUCACGUUGUGGUUUCUCGGGACCAUGGAUCGCUGGACGCUAGGUAAGAGGCAUGACUUGGGUAGAUGUUCUCAGAGUCACUGUGCCUACGAUGCGAUUGAUGAAGCUGAGUACGUGACGAGACACUAUCAUGGUUGUUCAGGAUGUGAGUUUGUGGACUUGGGAUUGUCAGGAAGGAAUUUGAUCAAUUCUAUUGUACGAAAGGAUCGAAUACCUGGGAUCACUGUCCACCUGCAGAUAGACCGAGCAGACCCUACAGUACUUGCUGAGCCCCUGGAUGUGAGGGAGCAAAACAAGGACCACAGGCUCUCUUCGCGAUUCAUGAAGACUAACGCUAGUCUGAAGAAAUAUCAGGCCUAUGUGGCAAUUUCACAUGUGUGGUCAGACGGCCUCGGGAACAGAAAUGCCAACGCUAUACCUCUGUGCCAACUCUGCAGACUCCAGCGCCAGGUUAAUGCACUAUUCGACGCCUCCAACCACCCAGUCCCGUUCUGGAUCGAUACCAUCUGCGUUCCGCUCGAACAGCCGGAGCGGAAUCAAGCCAUUAUUGCCAUGAGGAGAAUAUAUACCGAAGCGACAAAGGUCCUGGUGGUCGAUAACGUUCUGAGUGAAGUUUCUUCAACGGAGUCCCUCACGAAUUUGAUUCUUCGGGUCCGCGCUUCGACGUGGAUGACGAGACUGUGGACCUACCACGAGGCUCGUCUGGCUCGGAGCUUGCAUUAUCAGUUCCGAGACAAGCCUUUGACGGUGGAUGAAAUGCUUGCCCAGCACAAAAAAGCAGUUGGCCCAGUCUGCGCUUCAGAAGAUCCAGUCAUACAAUUGCGCAUGCUGAAUCUCAACCCACUGGUCGCAUACAACGUCGACCACGUAACUAGGGUCCAAAAGUUUGCUUCGACCGUACGAUCCAACGACCCUCGCCAGGAAGACGCCGUCGCUCUAGCGCAUGUGACAUCGCACAUCCGCUGGCGCCGCACCUCCCGCCCGAUCGACGAAGCCAUCUGUCUGGCCGGUGUGAUGAACCGCCGCUUUGACGAUCUCGUCGUCCUCGAUACCGGCUCAGAGAGGAUCAAGCAACUUGUCUCAACUCUGCGGGGUGUGCCGACUGAUAUUUUGUUCGUCGACCGGCCGCGCAUUGAGGAAGAGGGCUGUCGGUGGAUGACCUCCACGUUCUUGGGCGAUGAGCAGGCUAAGGUUCUGAUGGAUCCGGCACGGCGUGGGACACCUUCGAAGGAUGGAUUGCUUGUGAGAAUGCCUUGUGUGGUUCUUGAACCUGGGAACAUGGGUCGAUGCGAGAACGUCGACGUAGAAGGAGGCAGCGAAUGCAUCUACAUCUCUCAAAAGGCAUCAAGGCUGCCAAACCCAUAUCCUCAUCCGAAUGGCGAGCGGACCUGGAGAGUCACAGUAUCACCAAGUCCGUCAGAAUCUAUCACUCGAGGCCCCAGCGAGUCUCCCAGUUGUCGCUGGCACAUCCUCAGAUCCGCCUCUUUGGUGCUCGUGUUGCAACAAAGUCUCACGGAUAGUAAGCUCAAGCAGGUCCGAGCUGUGGUGGCUUCCGUGAAGAGGACAAGAAUACCAGAUGGACUGGUCUUCUGCAGGUAUGAAUUUCAAGCAAGCGUGCAGCUCGUGUCACGACGAGUCGAAGGGGGAGCUGUUACCAAGUUGAAGAUGUAUCCAAGCGGCAAAAAUUUGUGUGUUGGAUGA